CUGGCGUCCGCCGAAUCCCCCUCGAUCCCCUGGUUAUGACUGAAGCUAGCCGCGGACGCUGAGAGAAGAAGAAGAGUGCAAGAGCGACAAGUUCCUGGAAUCUACCAUUCGGGCUCCAAUAGCCAAGAGCAUCCUCGAUAUUUCCAGCGCUCUUUGCGUUUGCGCACACCGUUGCUGCCUGGGCGCCUGCCAAAACAUCCGGAAGAAAAUGGCAGGGUUCGAGGACAACGAUUCAGGGUUUCAUGUCGAUGCCGGAUCCGACAUCUACACAGGCUCCAUCCGCGGCAGCCUUCUGGAAUACCAUGUGGAAAAUGGCAGGACAUACCACAAACUCAGCGAGGGCAAGUACAUGCUUCCCAACGAUGAGCCUGAGCAAGAACGCAUGGAGCUACUACACCACCUCUACAAGGUGACAUUCGAUGACCGGCUAUGUCAAUGUCCCAAGAACGACGGCGCCCGGCACGUCCUGGACAUCGGCACGGGCAUUGGCGCAUGGGCUCUCGACUAUGCCGACAGGCAUCCAGAAGCCCAGGUGGAUGGCAUCGACCUGAGUCCUAUACAGCCAACCUUUGUUUCUGCAAAUUGUCGCUUCCUUAUUGAUGACAUCGAGAAUGAUUGGGUCUUCUCCGACAGUUUCGACCUCAUAUUUGCCAGAGCGAUGCUGGGCACAUGGGGGAUAGAGAGCUGGGAGAAGAUUGCGGCGAAUGCCUUUGAGAACCUCGAGCCGGGUGGCUAUUUCGAGAUCCAAGACACGAAGCUCCCCGUCCGAUGCGACGACGGCACACUACCGAAAGAUUCGCACCUCGUGCGCUGGUCCGAGUCGCUGCAGCAGGCGUCCGUCAUGGCCGGGCGGCCCUGCGACCUGACGCCCAAGCUGGCCGGGGUGCUGGAGCGGGCCGGCUUCGUCGGCAUCACCGUCACGAAGCGCCACUGGCCGCACGCGCCCUGGCCCAAGGACAAGCGCCUGCGCUACCUGGGCCUGUGGACGCAGCACGUCUGCAAGGCGGACCUCGAGAGCCUCAUCAUGCGCCUCUACACCCGCUACCUCGGCUGGACCGCGGACGAGGUGCGCGAGUUCUGCGCCGGCGUCAGCGAUGACUUUGACAACUUGAGCUUUCAUGCAUAUUGGGACGUCUACUCAAUAUAUGGGCAGAAACCAUUGUAGAUGUGCCGUGUGCACGUGGAAUCGUCCACUAGUUGUCUCUUUUGCGGUUUGCCUACUGCCCCUGUGCGGUGACGGAAUACGAGAGCAGGACGUCUUGUCGAGUGUCUACUAGUAGCAAAUGACAAAUCUGUAGUCCGAACGGGUGCGGAGCUCGUAUUAAUCACACAUUGAGGCCAGCAAGAAACGUGGGUCCGUCAUCGAG